CGUAGUUAAUUAGCACUACUAAGUGUAGCUAGCUCAGUAGCCAAGCAAGCAUUUCAAUGGCUUCCAGCUCGAGCUUCCUCGCCAUGGCCAUCGCCGUGGCUGUCAUGCUCCUAGUGGGCAACGGCAACACUGGUCACGCAGCGCGGCGGCUUGCCGACACGACCGAGGCGCCGGCACCGGCUGCCGCCAUUCCUGCCGUUCCAGCCAUUCCGAAACCGGCGAUCCCCACCGUGCCGGCGGUCACGUUGCCGCCUAUGCCGUCAAUCCCGGCCGUGCCGGCGGUGACUCUGCCGCCGAUGCCUGCAGUGCCGGCGGUGACUGUGCCAUCGGUGCCCACUGUGCCGGCUGUGACUCUGCCGCCGAUGCCUGCGGUGCCGGCGGUGACCGUGCCACCGAUGCCCACUGUGCCGGCGGUGACUCUGCCGCCGAUGCCCGCAGUGCCCAGCGUGCCGAACGCCGCCACGUUGUUGCCGCCGGCCAUUCCCGCCGCCGUCGUGCCGGCGGUGCCAAAGGUGGCGCUGCCGCCUAUGCCGGCCAUCCCGACGGUGACGCUGCCGCCGAUGCCUGCCAUCCCCAACGUGCCAAUGCCGUUCCUCGCGCCACCUCCCAAGGCUUAAAAAUAGCUCGUUCGAUCGCCAUGUGUGUUCUUCAGAUUUUCAGUGUGUGUUUAUGCUAUUCUAUUGGUGUGACAAUUAUACGUUUUUUCAUGGUGUACAGGUGUUUUGUCAUUCUUUCACGUAUGUACUAGUAUUAUACAUAUAUAUAUGUGGGAUUUGUGCUCGAUCGAAUA